ACUACACGUGUAUAUGUGUGAAUCGUGAUUGGCUGAAAAAUGGUCACAUGACCGGCCAACAUCGUUCUAAAGAAUUAUAAUUUGCCCUUGAUGUGACACUCGUCUUCUAAAAGCGGUUGUGUAAAGUCAUAUCCCAUCAAAGCAAGCAAGAAGGUAAAAAAAUGUCGAAAAUUGGAAUCAACGGUUUUGGGCGUAUCGGUCGUCUUGUGCUCCGUGCUGCUGUUGAGAAAGGAGCUCAAGUUGUUGCCGUGAAUGACCCAUUUAUUGGAGUCGAUUACAUGGUGUAUUUAUUCAAGUAUGAUUCCACCCAUGGUCGUUUCAAAGGAACUGUCAGUGCUGAAGGUGGUUUUUUGGUUGUCAAUGGGCAAAAGAUAACUGUUUUUUCGGAACGCGAUCCAAAGGACAUCAAAUGGGCAUCAGCUGGGGCUGAAUACAUCGUCGAAUCGACUGGUGUAUUUACAACUAUUGAAAAGGCUAGCACUCACUUGGCUGGUGGUGCAAAGAAAGUAAUCAUAAGUGCUCCAUCAGCUGACGCACCGAUGUUUGUAUGCGGAGUAAAUUUGGAUGCCUAUGAUCCAAAAUAUCAAGUUAUUUCGAAUGCUUCAUGUACAACCAAUUGCUUGGCUCCAUUGGCUAAAGUAAUUCAUGACAAUUUUGAGAUUGUCGAAGGUUUGAUGACAACGGUGCAUGCUACAACCGCAACCCAAAAAACUGUUGAUGGUCCAUCUGGCAAAUUGUGGCGCGACGGUCGCGGGGCUGCUCAGAAUAUAAUUCCAGCCGCAACUGGCGCUGCUAAAGCCGUCGGGAAGGUUAUUCCGUCUUUGAACGGUAAAUUGACUGGUAUGGCUUUCCGUGUACCAACUGCAAAUGUUUCUGUUGUUGAUCUCACCUGCCGCCUUGGCAAACCAGCCAAGUACGAUGAAAUCAAGCAGAAAAUCAAGGAGGCUGCCGAAGGCCCAUUGAAAGGAAUUCUCGAUUACACCGAAGAUGAAGUGGUUUCAUCAGACUUCAUUGGUUCUACUCAUUCGUCAGUCUUUGACGCAAAGGCCGGAAUCCAACUUUCAGACACCUUUGUCAAGCUCAUUUCUUGGUACGACAAUGAGUACGGUUAUAGCAACCGUGUCAUUGACCUCAUCAAAUACGUUCAAACCAAAGAUUAAAAGUUUUGUUUUGAAUUCAGUCAUAUAAGUCACAUUGAAUGUAACUAAAUACUAAAUUCACAAUAAAAUAUUAUAUCCCAGAACAAAAA